ACAAGGGUAGGAAUUCGAACUAGUGACCACCACAAUACAAGUGCGGUGUUUAACCACUGGGAUAAGACUUCAGUCCUACGCUUCUGGGUUUCGGCUAUAUAAAAUAUAAACUCACAUCAAAGUUCAAUUGUCUCAUUUCUCCUUGGCCCCAAAUGGCAUCUCUCUACGAAUGCUUAUCCCACCUCUACACCAUUGCCACAGUCUUCUUCACUGUCCUACUUCUUGAAUCAGUAAUUUUAAUCCGUUCCAUCACCAAGAGCUUCUCUGGCUCUGCCAACCGUCCGAUCACCACCACCCAGUACCUCAAACUCAUAGAAGAGAAAAAUCCCGCGAGUCGAUUCAAGACCGGAUUGAGGGUGCAAACAAUAGAGUGUGCUGUUUGUUUAUCCAUGUUAGAGGAAGGAGAGGAGAUUAGGAAGUUAAAAUGUAAGCACACAUUCCAUAAGGAUUGCCUUGACCAGUGGUUACAACUAGAUAAAGCAACUUGUCCCCUCUGCCGGAGCAACGUCUUGCCGGAGGAGAUCGUUGCCCAAUAUCAUCGCCGGCGAAACGAUCAAGAGUAUGGUGGAAGUGAUGAGGAGUUGGUUUUCUUUUUAUCUGUUGCACUACAUGGGAGUAAUCCACGUAGGCAAUGGUAAGUUUUUUUUGUCAAAGGGCAUCUUUUAGUUUUGUAUAUAAAAAUAUAUAGGUACAGAUCGCAGCCUGAUGUUACAUUCAAGUUCACUGGGUGUCUGGAUUCUAUGAAUUUAGAUUGAAAUUCAACAAUCAGGGGCCACACAUGCAUCCUCGAUCCAUGUUAUUAGAGUGGUUUGAUCGAUAAGAACAAUUAGGG